GAAUAUAAAAAAUACAAGACAGUGUAAUUAUAAUUGGGGACUCUAUAAAGUACAUAUGAUGCAAGAAGUAAUAAUUCAUCAAGAAAUAGGAGAAUUCCUAUGUCUGAAAGAUUCUUUUGGGGAAACUUUUUUUACUAAAGAACGUACACUGCAAUUAAUUGAUUUAUAUAGAAGAUAUAAACUUUUAGUAGGAACAGGAGAAAUAAAAACAAUGAAAAAAUUAUGGGAAGUAAUAGCUAAAGAUAUUUCUAAUUUAUAUAAAGUUACUGUAAGUGCAGCAAAAUGCGAAAAUAGAUGGAAAUGUCUAGAAAGAAGCUAUAAAAAAGUAAUAGAUAACAAUAGGCAAACGGGCAGAGGACUCAAAGUGUUUGAAUUUGAAAAAGAAUUUGACACAAUUUAUGGAAAAAAAUGUAACAUUAGGCCAGAAAUAUUAAUUGACAGUGAUCAAGUCAUUAAUACCUAUGGAGGUUCAAAAGAAAAUGGCAAUUGUGCAAGUGCUGUCGAUGGAAAUUUCAUUCAGAAAAAAGCAAAUGCUGAGCAAGAUAUAGAGCAAGAAAACAAGGAAAAGGAAAAUAUUUUGGACACAGGAAUCAAAAAGCCAACAUCUCAAGUUAUGAAACGAAAAAGAUCCUAUAGAACAGAAACGCACACAUAUAAAAAGAGAAACGAAAUAUUGAUAGAUAUGAAGAAUGACUUAAAAACUUAUUAUACUAAUAAAAUAGAGAACGACAAAAAAAAAUUAGCACUGCAAGAAAAAAAACUUGAUGAUCAAAUUAUGAGAACGGCACUUUUGAGAGAAUAUGUCGAUGUGAUAAAGGAGCAAGGAAGUUUUUAAUUACACUGGUUUUCAUUUAAUCCUUUCCUAAGUUGAUAUACAGGGUCUGCUAGACAUAUUUG